UUAACUUUUCCCUCAUCAAAACAAAUCGACAAUUGUCUUAUUCAUUUUCUCGUUCUGAUCUACGAAAUAAAUAGGUUAAUUAAAAGUUUUAAAUGCAAAUUGAAAAUUAAUUUUUGAUCUUAAACCGUGGCCGGGAUUAGCUAGUUGUGCUCAAUAUUUAAUGGCCAGAGAUUUUUAUUUAUAGUUACAGAUUAUGGCGCCUACAAGAUCGAAUAACGUGCAAGCUGUUAUUAAUCGCCAAGCUGAGUCGGCCCCACGGAACGAUGAUGGAGAAGAAGUCAAUUUUAAAUCAAAAACUCGCCGCAAGGAUUUAGGAAUUCUACAAGCAUUAUCAGAAUCCGAAAUUGAAAGCGAUGCUGGCGCAAGUCCUUCAUUUACGUCCGAAUUUGAAUCUUCUUCUUCUACCGUCUCUAGUAGAUCUUCAUCUCCAGGUGGUCUCCGAAUUUGCGAAACAAAACAAGUUUCCUCUGCCAAGAAAAAGAAGGUAAAUUCCUUGAAUAAAACUAGCUACAAUAAAGAAGAUGGUUUGUCUCCGCAGCAAGAAAAGGGCAAUUCUCGACAGAAAAGUGGGGCUGAAACUCCAAAAGUGAACAGGCGGCAGGUUUCGUGCUCGAGUCCAAAUUUGGCAGCUUCAUUUUCAACCCCAGUCAAGCCUCCUGGAAAACUACCUGACAUUAUUACUCCAGGAAAAGAAGUAACAUUGCGAAACCGUAAACGGAGGUACGACACAGAAAAAAUCCGAAGCGGGGGAGGAUCCACUAUUGGACGUCGAAAUAUUUUUGACAAACAAAAGACAAUAAUGAAUCGACGUCGCAGAACCAAAUCCCAGAGGAACAAUCGAGCUAGCAAGGUCACAUCAGCAGCAACAACGUCUAGCACAACGGUUCAACACGAACCAAUUCCGGUAGUUAGAGAAGAAGACGGAGUUGCAUUGGACGCAGAGAUUGACAAAAUUCUUGAGGAUAAAGCUAUGAAGAAUAAUCUCACCGCAACCAAUGUGAAAAGCAUUAUUCGACAUGUUAUAACCAACAACAUGGUACAGAAAAUGGUCAUGUCGUCCGCUAUUCGGAAGGGACGGAAUCCAGAUGACAGUUCUGAUGAUGAAGGUUGCUAUGAACCAAAAUUAACAAGAGCAAGGACAAGACUUCUGCUUGGAAAUUGCAACACAUCACCACCAUUGUGGUCACUAUCUUCCCCUGUCAAGUCGUGCUCCCCUCCCAUCAGUGAAACUCAAGUUCUCAUACACAACGAUUUACCGGAAGAUUCUAGUGGAGAUGAUGAAGAAUAUAUUCCGAAUCCACGUGAUACUGAGACACAUUCAGAGGACGAAUUCAGCAGUAGCGUCGCGUCACACGAUGCAACAAGCGAUGCAGGGUCUCCUCGACUUUCUACUCCUGGAAGUUAUGCUUCUGCAACAAGAAAGCGGCCCUCGUCGUCAUGUGGAUUGUCGUCGGAUUUAUUAUCACCUGUGAAAAACAAACAGUUCCCCUGCUUCAAAACACCUCCAAUAAAACCAAAAUGUGCUAGAAGAAUAAUAGAUAGUGCCAUUGGUCAAAGGACACGGUCGAAACUGCCACUUAAUGACACUCCUUUGGAAGACUUGGAAAUGCAGCUCAUCCCACCAGACAUAACCACAGAUAUGUAUGACUGGGGAAUAAUUGACAACGAGGACUACUUGGGGUUUGUCAACGAGUUUCUCCGACCAUGUGGGACGUCGAACAAUGAAGGAGGUGACGACGAGGAGGCUGAUCCAGAGUACAAUGUGAUGGAAGAAGAAGAAGUGCAAGACAAGGAAGAGCUGCGAAUGGAUCGGGCCGUAAAAGUCUCAAAGAAAGAACUCAGUGAGCUUUUUGCUGAACUGUUGGACGAGUCACACUUUCCGAGUGGAGAUGAACUUGACGAGACAGAUUUUACAUCAUUUUGUGCCUCACAGUUGUCUCACAUGUCAAUUCCGAAUUUGUCAACAGGAUACAACGACACCAACAGUAGCAACAAAUUAAUAAAAAAUAGAGGAAUUGCAAUUAAUGAAUCUGCAGAAGAGGUUGUUGCGGAGAAGGACGAGGAAGUAAUAAAUAUAGCAGCAGCCGUGACGAAUACAAUUAAAAUAAAUACAAGUUUGCCAUUAACAGUUGUUGGACGAGUAUCUGGUAUGGAAAAGACAAAUGGGUCGUUGCAAUUGGAGCCAGAUUGUGAUGUGGCAUCGUCUUCGAAUCAAUGUUUAAUACCACCUCCACCGUGUUCACCUGGAGUUUCUUCGCCACCCUCAAAACAACCAAUUAUUGCAAUGGUCUUACCUCAGUCCUCCCAAAAUAAUAAGCCCCCAGAUAAUCAAUUAUUUAAUUUGUUUAACGAAACUACUCGCUCAAUUCUGGAACACCAGUUGCGAGAACAUGUGCAGUUACUAGCUCAAACUUAUGCGUUGACAGCCAGCCGAGACGAUGUUGAUAUGAAAGCCCUUGCACAAAAUUCAAAACGGAUGAUUAUCGAGAUCCGGAACAUCAAAAUAUUAAAUGGAGCAACGUCGACAAUUUCAAAGGUUCAUAAUUGUGAAGCGGCUUGGCAAUUUGUCAAUAGUUGGCCUGUCCGGCCAUGUUCAAGAUCCCCAAUCAAGAAAAAGAUUUUAGUUGAACAAUAUAUGAACGAAUGUAAUCCUGAUUGGGGAGAAUCUUUGGGGAAAAAAUUUACUCCAAAUUAUUUUCCUCGUCCUGUUGCAAAAGCGAUUGCAGAAAACGAUGCUUUCAUGUUUCCACAUCUUCUACCGGCCACAUAUAAUCAAAAAUCUGAGAAAAGGUGUCCCUUCGUUUCUUCAGAAGACAAACUGCUAAUACUGGCUCUAGACCAAUUGAAAGAUGAGCUACUCUCAUGCAGGGAGAAGUCAGAAAUAAUUGCAGCCACACUUUUGGCGUCUCGCACACCUGCAGCUGUUUACCAUCGAAUUAGAAAUCAAAGGAAAGUGAGUAAUGUGCAGUCCCAGGAUAUGAAGGAUUAUUUUGAGCUUGGUCGACUUCCCAGAGGGGCUACCCCACCUCCUCCCGGAUGGCACCCUGGCUUGGCAGUUUCUCCUAUUAAGCAGGGAAGGGACACCUUACCAGGCAUGUGGGGGAGGAUUAUUUCAAGCUUAUUAUUGGCCCCUGAGCCUGAGAAUGUAGGAGGGAAGGAUUUAGUCCAUCUAAAAAGGGGUCGACAAAAUGGAACAGCACGCCUUGGAAAGGCAUCGAAUAGAAAAUUAUGCAAACAAAAAACAAAUGACGCUUGUAUAAAAACAACAUUCCCUGUGGGUACUAGUAUGGUUCAGCAUCAUGCUAAUAUUCAUCCUGACUUAACAGCGAUGCCUUUAAAUAAUGACCAAGGAGAUGCAGGAGUGUACAUGCUUGUGCCCAACUAUGCAUUAGUUGCAACCACGGGGACCAGUUCAUCGCCAGGCAGAACCGAAACUGGCGCAAGUAGACGAUUUUACCAUCCCGUGCCUUUUUACAAACCGUCUACAAACACCAACAAGAUCCCUCAGGACACAGCCGACCAACAUUCAUCUGUUGUUACUGUGACGCCUGUAGGAAUCCCGAUCAGUUUGCCUGGGAUACACAGCGACUUUGUAAAUUUGUCUUGCCUUAACACUCCAAUGAAAAUGGCAGUAAUGCAACAGAUUGAAGUCUCAGAGUCAGCUGAAUUAGCUCAAUUAAAAGACAAUUAUCACCAAAAUGCAUCACAAAGUGAAGAUCACAGAGACAUACACAGUGCUCGAACGUUUGCAAACAAUCAAUCUGCAAGAAUUAGUAGUUCGAAAAAUAUUUCAGCGGAUGAAGACAAUGCCAUGUCCAUAAUUUCUCUAAAUAAAUAUAGCAAUGGCGUAUGCAGUGAUCAAGGUUCAAUGGACCACUCCAGUAGUAGCAGCAACAGCAGUAGCAGCGAAACUAACUCAAGUAGCAGUUCCGAGUCUGACUGCGAAUCUAAUAAUAAUUGCGAAACUACCCUCCUGAUUACCUUAGAUGAAGAUGAAAGAGUCACAAGAGCUGACGCAUCAUUAUCACCAGAUCAUGUGGAGCCGAUCGACGCGAGCGAAAAUAACGACCAGGGCAAGCCGUCUAAUAAUAAAGAGAAUUCCACAGCAGCAAGCGAAGGGAUUGCAAGCACCACCACCCGUUCUGUUGAAGGAAGCCAGGAUUCUUCAAAUCGUGGCAACAACGGAGAGAACGAUGGCGACGAAGAAGGGGAUGAUAAUCGAAAUAAUGGAAAGAAGGAAAUGCCAGAAGAUGCUGUCGAUGAUGAAAUGGACAAAGAAUACGACACAGAGGAAGAUCAUGAACACGAAAUUGUACCAAGUCUGAUUCCAACAGGCAGUUCUAAACCGUCGUCAUCCUCAUCCAGACGGGGUGCUGGAGUUGGUGGCGAACCUGCUAAGCGAAAAGCUUCUUCGAAACGCAGUUCUUCAACUUCCCCUCCAAAGAAAAAACGGAUGGCAAAAGGGGGAGUUCCAAUCGAAUCAAUGUUGGAGGAUGAUCCUGAUCGGGAUGAAGAAGUUUGUGAUGCGUUCAUGAAAGCCUUUUUGCGUAAAAUACAAAUUACAACAGAAUCAAAUCACCCAAACAUUCACUCUGAGUUUAUUAAACUCAUUGCCGAAGCAGGCGAGAUAAAUAUCAGUGAAGAAAAUCUUUUGUUAAAAGUCAGAACUUUAUUCAAGGACUACCCUCUUUUAGCAUUGGAAUUUUCCACAUUCAUGCAAAGGAAUCUAGAAAAUCCAGAAGACGAAGUCAGUGAUUUCAGCGAAUUUCAAGAAAUGGAAUCACAGGUCAAUUUCUUGCGGCAUUUGGAGAAAUUCACUGAAAAGAGUCCACAGUUGAAAGCGAAAAUAAUCCAUAAGUUCAAAAUUUUAAAUGAAAAAGAAAAUGUCACUUCGAAAGAUCUGGCGGAUGCAUUGGCACCAUUCUUUCAAGGGAGUCCAGUGAUGAUGAAUGCUUUUCAGGCUCUUAAUCCAUCCGUUUACCUGCCAGGCUCGGUGUCUGAUCGUGUUGAUUUUGAGGAACUUGACAUGGAGAGCGAGGCUACGUCACAAGAUACUGCAUCUGAUAUAGAACUCGUAACACUGCCUGAUGAAAAAACGAUUCCUGCAACGACAACCUGUCCGUGUAUGUGUCAUGAAACUGCCACACAUCAUGCCUACUCUUCUAGAGUGAAACAUUGCAACAAAUGUUGUAUAAAGUUUCAGGAUGGAAAGGUCUUUGUCCACAGUGGUCGCGUUGUAAGGCCUGUAAAUGUUGAACUGAUGUCACCCUCUUGUGCUCGUAAACUUGCAGCAGAGAUGCAUGAAACAACAUCGUUUAAGGUGGACUCGAAUACCACGACGAUUCCUCAGAUUAAGGCGGAUAAAUCAGUAAUGCGGGUUCCGUCUGUGGCUGAGGAGAUUGCACCUCAAAACAAAAAGACGUCAUCCAUACCACCUGGUUUAGAGUUACAACGAGAUGUUGAAGAAGAAGGAGAACUUCUACAUAACGACGAAACCCCAAAUUGUGACAACAAUAAUAUUAAUCAGUUUGGAUCAACGUCUACGACGUGUUCUGAUGUAAUGAUCUCAAUGCCCGACGUUAGUGUCAAUUCAGUUCUUAGCACUGAUGCCAACUCUACUACCACUCUCGUCAACUUAAAACCUUGGAGUUUUGAUGAAGAUGAGUUGAUAAUGUCGACCUGGAAAGCCGAGUCAUCUGAUGAAUGCGCUUUCUCAAAAUUGGAAUCAAUGUUACCAAAUAGAGACCGUACAGAGAUUGAAAGCAGAUGUGUUGAACUACUUUCAAUGUUCCAAAGUAUGACAAAUUGUGGUGAAGAAGAAAUUGAGGCAAAUGCUUCACAAGAUUAGCAAAUUAAUUUAUUUAUGGCAAUGCAAUGAAGUAGGAGAUGGACAAUUUUGGAUGUUCUUUUUUAGUUUUGUAACAAUAACCCCGUUUACUUUUACAUUUUAAAUAGUAGGAGGAUUCAUGAGAACUUCGUAUAUUUUGCAAACGUCGCAUCGCAAAAUAAGUUAGUGAACGAUGCAAAUUUUUGCCCAGAAAAUGCAUAGAACUUUUUAUACGAAGCUUACGUAGUUCCAAGGUUGCGCAAACUUCGCAUUAUGAUUAUUUACAGCGAUAAUUUCAAAUUCAUUGGAAAUAAAAAUACGGAUUUUAAAAUUCGACAGAAAGAUCAUAUGAAUGCUGAGUUUGCGAGCAAUUUGAAACUGGGUCAUUCACGAGGACAAUUUCACAAGUUAUGGGCGAAGCGACGUUAUCGAACCUAAUGAAUCCUCCCAUUAUAAUAAAUUCUAAGUCAUUCAUACACACACCAUGUAUUCAUCCGGUGUCCUCUCACUCAAAUUAGUUUACGAGAUUUCAAUAAACACGCAGUAUUAAUUGUGUAAUUAGUUCGUCUGAAAUCAUUAAAUCAAUAUUUUGAAAUAGUAAAUUCAA